AUGGCAGGCCCCAAAGACGGUGACACGGUUGAUGUCGCGUAUACACCAUGUCCUAUGACGGCACCAGAGAAGACUCAGAGCCCGGCUGCACAUGAUUCCGCCGUUGCCAUGAAGCAAGUCUCUCCGUGGACCCGGCUGGGGAUGGCCAGCAUGCUCAUUCUGGGUCUCGGCUCGCUCAUGCUCGUCUUGUUCGUGGUACCCGUGGCUUGGCUUUGGACCGAGUCCGUGGCAACAGGGGCAGGGCGAGAGCCGAGCCGGGCUUGGGUUGCGGUCGUCAAAGCGGGCUGGACCGCGCGCAUCGUCACCAUCUGCACCGCGAUUCUGCGAGCGGUGGUGACGGCCCAGGCCGGCGUGGCGACGGCCAUGUUUGCGGCCAUUAUCCUGGAGCGGGUUGGCGCGCCGCUGGUGGAUGGACCAUUUUAUUCCAUGAUGCGAGCUCUGAAUGGGAGCCCGAGCAGCCUGUUGCUGACGCCGAGUCUGCCCCUGCGCGGCACUGGCCUCUCGACAGCCAUCUCGGCCCUCAUUGUCCUCGAGGUUUCGGUGACGACGGCCGUGCAGUUUCUCUCCACCCUUCUUGUGGCAGACUUUAGCAACGGCGCUUUUACCGACAGGGGCAACGCGACGAAUGUCUUGAUUUUGAAAAACUUUUCAAUGUUGCCAGCGAGUGCGUGGUGGUCAAUGCCCCCGGCGGCCAGUUGGACGUUUGCCGAGCACACGCCGUCCGACGCGCCGUUUGUCAGUGGGCCAGGGUACCACGACACAGGGCACACGUACCGCGCCUUCCUGCCCUACGCCGAGGCGGCGCAGCGGACAUCACUGCGCUCGUUCCGCGGCCCGGUCCCCAUCAUGGAUCAGCGAGUCGUCUGUGUGCAGCCGGCGCUGCGUGACCUUGGCCUGGAUGUGCGGGACGUAAGCUACGCGCGCCUGUCCGGACAACUCUCCGUCGCCAACGGCACGUAUCCGAUGCUGCGGGAGAUGGGGAGUCAGCCAUACGUCGAGUUCAGGUGCGCGUUGCCCACCGUCUUGUUCCCUCCUCCAGGUGCCCAAACGCAAGGACUGACGAGCCUGUGUUGGCCUCUCGACGACGCACGCUGGAGCGUUUGGCUGCCAGACCCUCUGGUGUCGUGGGCGGAAUCCACCAUGUACAUGCUCCUGGACCUUGUCUCCCCGGCCGCCGCCCCCUACGGCCACGCGCCGCGUGCCCACACAAUCCAUGUCGGAAGCAACGAUGCCGCUAGCCCGUGGACCAUGGUCGACAACGGGGCCGGUGCCCCCAUGCUGCGGGUGACGGCCUGCAUGGUCAACCACGGCGUCGACACCUUGGUCGCAGACCUGCGCAGCAACUGGGACGGGCUGGAGCCCAUCACGUCCUGGGAACCGUCCGCAGAGCGCUACAACACCACUACUGCGCGCGCCCAGUUGGGUGCCGCCCUUCCCCGGCCGCCACUAGACCGCCGGGGCGUGCUGGCUCUCGGGCCUCGGUCCGACUGGCAACACUUCUUCAACCCUCAAACAUACGAGCUGCCGUCCAACAUCUCCUCCAACACGUCCACCAUUGUGUCUCCCCCCAGCGGCAUCUGGACCUUCGUGCAGGCCCUUGCCUCCAGCCUACAGAACCCGCAAAGCAGCGACAGGAAUCCCGUCCAUGGUAACCAGACCGCAGACCAGGGCGUUAUCCUUUCCCGGCGUAUACAAAAAAUGGACUUCAACGCACACGAGGCGCACACCAGUUUAUUUCAGGAUACUCUUAACCAGACGCAGAGCCCUGCCGUCGCCCUGCAGGCGCUUCUCACACGUAUCUGCCAGAUGGUCUAUUACGAGACGCUACCGCGGCUCAACGAGAGCGGGCUUGCCGAAAGUGCCUUCUCACACGUGGCCGUGCUUCCGACUCGUUGGACCGGCUUUGGCGUCGCCAUGGGGUUGUUACUAACGCACUGGGUCGUGGUGCUGGUUGUCGGGGGCCUGUUUGCCCGAUAUACGCGCCAUUCCUUGCUGCGAAACUACUGGCAGGCCGUUUCACACAUGUACUCCAACGAGACUGUGGCUGUUCUGGAAGAGGCGCAUCGGAUCAAUGACCGGGAGGUGCAGCGAUGCGUCGACGCCAAUGGGCUCGGGGGCGGCCUGUAUACUAUUGACCUUGUACGGAAUAAAGGGAAAGAGCGGCUUGCACUAACAGCUAAAUAUCCGGCUUGA